UGUCAUUGUCCUUGACCUUGAUAAUGAUUGAUAGGAUCCUAUCAUAAAGUCCUAUUACCAAAGGCUCUUUGUAUAACCAUAUACAGUAGAACCUCUCUAUUGAGGACACCGUCGGGAUUAACAUGUACUGUCCUUAAUAGGGAGGUGACCUGAUAAGAGAGGUCAUUCUGAUAAUUUUGGACCUAAAUUGAGAGCUGUCUGGUAAGAGAGGUUCCACUGUGAAGUGAUGUAAAAAUGCCCUAAAUGUAAAGUCGUGACCAUUUGUGCAGAUAUACUAGUACGACAUUAUCAACUAGGCAUAACAGACAAGGCAUAGGUCAUAGGACAAUGGCUGCUCAGUAUAGUUCCGAUGUGUCACCAGUGGAUCACCUUCCAGGGGUGCCAGAUUGGAGUACCGUCCAUCAGCCCACAGGGGAGUUUGGUCCACCUAUCAAGGAUUGCAGUGAAUGGUCGAAAUUUAAAUUGAGCCAAGAACAAAUUGAUACCUUCUGGCGAGAUGGAUUUCUCCUUCACGUGCCUGUGCUUUCUCAUGAAGAUUGUGACCGAAUCCUUGAGGACUACAGAUAUUUCUUGGAUGAAAACCACAGCCACCCAGGAGAAAAAAUGUUGUAUGAAUUCCACAGAAAUCAGGCAAAUGAUCCUGAGAAUGUCCUCAUGCAUGCCCUGGGUCACUGGAGGCUCACCAAACGCUUCCAUGAUUUAGUAUUCCUGCCCCAAGUUGUUGUGCCUUGUUCACAACUCAUCCACCCUGACCGGAGAGAGGUCGCAGUCAGAUUCUGGCAUGAUCAGUUGUUUGCAAAGCCAGCAAGAUGUGGUGGCAAUGUGGCAUGGCACCAAGACUACUCCUACUGGACAAGGACAAUUCCCAUGCGUCACAUGACAGUCCACAUUGCCCUAGAUGAUCAAACUGAACAAAAUGGUGCCCUCCACUAUAUCCCUGGCUCUCACCGGUGGACGCGGAAUGGAGGACUACCACUGCCUGUAACAGAUUUCAACUUCAAGGACAUGGAGUCCAUCAAGACGAUACUCACAGAUGAAGAGAGGCAAGAAUUCAAGCCAAUUAGUGGCAACCUGAGGAAGGGAGAGGCAAGCUUUCACCAUCCACUUGCCGUUCAUGGUUCUUACGGAAACAAAUCUCCAUCUCCACGUCGUGCAGCAGUACUGAACUAUUUUGCCGAUGGUGUUCUAUCAAAUACAGACGAAGAGCUCCUCAAGGGAAGCAAAAUACCCAAGGGAGAGAAGAUGGGAGGUCAACUCUAUCCACUAGUUUACGAUCCAAAUUGGACAAAAUGAAAGUUGAAGUAUCACUAGGGGAUAAGCUAUCAUCAGCAAACAUUUGUUUUGAAGUCUCCAACAUGGGCCUUUAUAAACAAUAUCAGAGACGAGUUAAGCAGGACUUACUGACACCCUGCUCACAUGAUUGGAAGCGGGUAUGAAUAGGACUUGCCACUAUGUAAUGAUAUGUAAGAGAUUUCCCCCACUAUCGAGUGACAUGUGAAUGUAAACAGGGUAGAACCUGAAUAUGGAGCUUUAUGAGAGGACUUUGUACAUAAAUUAGUCUAAAUUGAAGCUGCAAUAACUGAACUGUGUUACAGGUUUAUGAAAAUAACAAAACAAAUCAUUUGCAAAAUGAUUUCUAUUUUGGAAGCCUAUUCGAUUGUAAGUACAUAUUCUGAUGUUACACACUUGGAUACUAUCUGUUAAACAUACAAUUUGUGAAAAAGGUAAAUAUAAGUACAUGUAUUAUGAGUA